CCAGAACAUGCACAAACUUGUCCGCCCAAGCAUCCAAUGGUCUCUGCUUGGAACCGGCCUCGAAUCGCUAGAUAAAUCCAGCAUCGCCCUAGGCCUAGCCACCCGCUCCCACCCAUCAUGUCCGCAUCUUCCUCUCGGCCGCCCCAGGUUCCUUACCCUGGCAGCCCAUCUUCCAGCUCGUCGUCAUCCUCGUCUUCGUCUGCAUCCUCGUCUUCCUACUCAGCGUCCGACUCGGAUCUCCCUUCGUCAAACUCGGCCAGCUCGGGAUCGCUUGUUCGGCUCAGCAUGGACUCAACAACGCGCCCGCCCGUGCAGGUCACCGUCAUCCGCUGCCUGCGGUGCGCGCGAGGAGAGGAGAUCACCUCGACCGACGAUCCGAGCCUGUCCGGCAUGAUCAAGAUCGGGACUAACAUCUACUACUGCAGCCGCUGCGCCAAGAUGGUCGGCUACACCUGAGUGGAGGUGUCCAGAGGGGGUUACGCUCUCACGAGAACGAGCGAGACUGCGGCACGGCAGCUGGUCGAAGAGUUGGCUGGGAAGCAACGGACGGGGAAAGUGCGCCUCUGAGCCGUGUCCCCAUGGCCUACCAGCGACAUGAACCUCCGAGCAUCGCCAACACCGCCCUGCCAUACCCUCCAGCUCGAGAAGGGUCAGCACGCCAAAAGCUCGGCCGUCUUCUUCGGACCUCUCUCACCAAAGGAGAUGUGACCGAAAUCGUCGCAGCGCGACCUGCGCCGAGAUUGCCGGCUGCUCUCCCUCUCACCGAUAUGGUCUUG